AUGACGACAGCCACACCACUGAGCAAUGACACUCACUUCUCAGUCAAUGUGACCACAAAGUCUCAAGAACCAAGUCUCUAUCAAAGUUCUGGAGCAAUAGUUGCUGCCAUCGUAGUAGGAGUGAUUAUUAUUUUUACAGUGGUUCUGCUCAUACUGAAAACAUAUAACAGACGUAUGAGAGUGAAGCGGGAGCUGGAACCCAAACCCUCCAAACCAGGACUUCCACCUGCUUUAGGGCAGAACAGCAGCAGCCUGGCACAGCAGCCCAUGGUGUCCUUCAUACCCGUGGAUAUCCACAUGCAGAACAG